AUGCUGUUUGAUGAGCUUCCUAACGAGUUGCUUCUUAGUAUUGCAGAAAGGCUAACGUCCGCAAAACAGAUCAGUGCGUUGAUGCGGACAAACCACCACUUCUACGCGCUGCUCUACAGGCUCCUGUACAUAUACAAUAUCGAAGAAUGCCGUUGCAGUGCACUGAAUUGGUCCAUCGAUCGCGAAAAUAUGAAGCCUAUCGAAACACUCCUCGACCUCAUUUUCUCUACUAAAAAGUACAGCCGGUGGAUCCCCCAGAUCCAGGGCGCGCUAGGUGAAGCUGCCGCAUGUGGCCAUGAUGAGAUCGUUGAGAUGUUCCUUAAGACCGAGGGCUUCGACGUGAAUGGGCCAAUGGAUGAGUCGCCUCUUUAUUUGGCAUGCAUGUUUUCGAACAAUGCGAGAACCGUCGAGCUUCUGCUCGCCACGGGACAGAUAGAUCCGAAUAUCCCAAAGAGAGCCUGGGCGCUUAGAGAAUGGCAAACGCCUCUGUUCGCUGCAGUCGACCAUCAAAACGACAAGGUCGUCGAGGCUCUGCUCGCCUCUGAAAAGGUGGAUCCAAACGUCCCAAAUGAAGACUCACGGACGCCUCUGUUCCUUGCGGCCCAGGAAGGGUACGCGAAGUCCGUCGAGAUGCUCCUAGCUACAGGCCGUAUCGUUGCAAUGAAAUCGGACCCACUGCAAGACACACCGCUCAUCGCGGCAGCGGCCGAAGGAAGGGUAGCUAUUGUGCGGAGACUUCUAAAAGAGGACUUUGUGGACGUGAAUGAAAGGGGCAGACGCGGGCGGACGCCGCUCAUAGCAGCAGUCAGGGAGUUUCAGUGGGAGGUGGUAGAAGAGCUACUUGCUACCAGCGGCGUUGAUACCGGGCUUCGCGAUAACAGCGGACGGAGAGCAUUGACUCACGCGGUGGGUAGAGGCUGUUGGCAAAUUGUACGGGACCUGGUGACAAUGGAGGGCGAUGAGUGGAACACGGGGGAUCCGGGAUUCCCGACGCAGUUCAUGCGGGCAGUGGAGUUCGGACAUCUUGACAUCAUACAGUUCAUGCUCUCAAUGGGAAGAUUUGACGUGAACAAGCUGGAUGUUAACGGUCUCAGCCCCUUGGGUGCGGCAGUUAAUUACGAACAUACGCAUGUUGUGAGAUCUCUGCUGACAGUCAACAGGGUUUGGCUAAAUCAACCCCAAUCAGGCCAGACGCCGGCGCGAAUUGCUAGGAGACGUGGUCUCCCGGAGAUAGCAGACCUUAUUGAAUCAUGUAUUCCUGCUUGCUACAGAAAUCGCGAUGAUAUAGAUAUCAAGGUAGGCGGUCCAUACUGGCUGCCACCCCAGGAAUGA